UAUCAACGUAAGUAACGAAUCAAACUUGAAUCAAAUAGAACGUUAUUCUGAAAUCCAGAUCAGUUGUAAUCGGGCGCUCGAAGGAGACGCGCGUUUUUGUUUUUAACUAUUUACCUAAUAGAAUAACCCUGUGUUUUACGUGAAAAGUACAUAAAUCAUGAAACUCCUCGUGAUAUGGGCGGUGAUCGCCCUUACGGCAGUUCACGCCAGGACCACAGCAAAACAGCAGACCAUAACGCCACAGAUAACUUCUUUGACUGAUAAGGAUGCAAGGCAAAAGGCAAGAGUACACCCGGCUUUCGCAAAUGCUGGAACUCGGGCUGGGCUAGAAUUAUGGAGAAUUGAGAACUUUGAACCAGUGGCGGUACCCCAAGCAGAUGUUGGCAAAUUCUAUAAGGGAGACUCUUACGUUGUCCUGAAGACCACGGCAGACAAGCGUAAUACCUUAUCCUGGGACAUCCACUACUGGAUAGGCAGUGAGAGUUCUCAGGAUGAAUCUGGAGCGGCGGCCAUUUUGACUGUAGGUCUGGACGACAAGUUCAACGGCAAGGCCAUCCAGCAUAGAGAGACCAUGGGCCAUGAGAGUUCACAGUUUCUGAACUACUUUACUGGAGGAGCCGUCCGCUAUCUUGACGGAGGUCACCAGUCCGGGUUCAACCACGUGGUCACAAACCCCGGUGCUGAAAAGCGCCUUUUCCAGGUUAAAGGCAAAAAGAACAUCAGAGUGAGACAGGUGGACCCACUCAUAUCUUCGAUGAACAAAGGCGACGUGUUUAUCCUGGACAUCAACAACGAUAUUUUCGUGUACGUCGGCGAGAAGUCCAAGAACGUUGAGCGUCUGAAGGCAAUAUCUGUGGCCAAUCAGAUCAGGGACCAAGACCACAACGGAAGAGGCCGGGUGGAGAUAAUUGAUCAAUACUCAAGUGAUGUCGACGUUCAGAAGUUCUUCACAAAUCUUGGCUCUGGUUCCAGGGAUUUGGUGCCAAAGGAGAGCGCUGGGGGUGACGAUCAGACUUUCGAGAAGAAUGAGGAAAGCUCCGUUAUCUUAUCGGAGGUCUCAGACAGUACUGGUAAACUGAAGAUAACACCUCUCUCUGCGCCAUUCCGUCAAGACCAGCUGAAACCUCAGGAAACGUAUAUCCUUGACACAGUCAGCGGAAGUAUCUACGUGUGGGUCGGAAAGCAAGCUACGCAAGCGGAAAAAGCUGAGGCUAUGGCGAAGGCGCAACAGUAUUUGACAGCCAAAAAUUAUCCGUCUUGGGUGCACGUAGCUAGGAUCCCCCAGGGAACCGAACCCGCUAUCUUCAAGCAGUACUUCACCACGUGGCGUGACGUUGGCAUGUCACACUCUCGCAUUGUGAGGUCCGCUGGCACAGAUAACGUGCUCCAAGAUGAAUCGACUACGGGUUACCGACUAUUCGAUGUAACAGUACGUUCGGCUCGUGUUAUUGAAUAUAAAGACGAAAUUCCCGAUUUUUCACAAAAGGUUAUGAGAGAUGAUAAAGUUUAUUUGCUGAUAAAUAAUAACAAGAACUACAUCUUCUGGAUCGGGAAAUUCGCACCAGAAAACUACCUUAAGACUCUAAAUCAUUUUGUAACAAAUGUGGCCGCGUUUGACCAAGAACAUAAUUUCACAAUUAUCAAACAAGGAUUUGAAAAUGCGAGAUUCCUUGAGGCUUUUGAAAAAUGGGACCCAGAUAUGUGGAACAAACUAAAACUGGAGGCAAUAGAUAAGAAUGAAGACCUGAGAACCAAUUUUAUAGACGUCGAUUAAACUUAUCCUGUACUCAA